CUUAACACCGAUUUACAAGAAUUGACAACGAUGUAGCACACAAUGUGUUCAUUAUUUUUUAACUAAAUAUGUACAUUUUCUUUGUUCUGACUAGCACUCUGUUCCAUUUUCAAUUUUUCAAGGUGAAUGUUUAUGUCCUGCAUCCCCCCCACAUCCCAUCCCAAGAUGAACAGCACAAUGCUGCCUCUGGACAACAUUACAGCCAACAGCAGUCUCUGUACAGUGGAACCCCAGCAUAUCUCCAUCACUGUUUUCCUCCUCCUGGUCUUCCUGGUUGGUUUCCUCCUCAACAGUUUCAGUCUGUGGGUCUUCUGCUGCCGUAUACCACAGUGGAGCUCUGGUGCCGUCUUGCAGUUUAAUUUGGCUGUCAGUGAUGCUAUCAUCACACCAGUUGCACCAUUUAUGGCAACAUACUUUGUCAUGGGUAGCCACUGGCCCUUUGGAGCUUUUCUGUGCAAGUUGAAGAUUGCUCUGCUGUUCAUUCACUUCUAUGGCAGUAUCCUGUUCCUCACACUCAUCAGCAUUCAUCGAUAUGUGGCAGUGGUCCGGUUUAAACAAGGCUCCUGCAUGAAACGAAAGGCGUUUGUUCAGAAGCUGUGUGCUGGAGUCUGGCUGGUUUUGCUGGCUAAGGGGAUUGCCUGUUUCUACUUCUUUACCACAAGCCAAGUGGGAAACCGCACACUAUGUCUUAGCAUUCAUCAGCGAGAUUACAUUGAGACUUACUUUGCCAUCAACUUCGUUUUGCUCACCCUUGGGUUCCUAAUGCCUUUCUCAGUGGCAGUGACGUGCUACGUUCAGAUAGCAAGAUCAGUGUCUCGUAUCAAUAUCAACACGUUUAAGGGCCGUGGUAUUAAGGCCAAGUCCCGUAAAGUGGUGGCCAUGUGUCUGGUGAUAUUUGGACUGUGCUUCAUGCCUUUGAACGUGAUACGCACUGGGGCUGUCGUGUUAAAGAAGUACUUUCCAGAACAAUGCAUCCUUCUGCAGGUGGAGACCUUAUACUAUUAUUCCUGGGUUUUGGCUGGAGCAAACUGCUGUCUGGACCCAUUGCUUUACUGUUUUGGAUCACACAAUUUUGUCAAGGCUAUUCAUAGGUCUCUCAGAAAAUGUGAUGUCAAGUUCAAAGAAGACCCUGCCACAAAUUACCAGAUCAGCUACGAUGCUGCUAUUGAUUCUCCCUCCAUUGUAUUAGAACACAAGGAAACCAUGUCCACACCCAGCAUUUGAACACAUCUUGAAGAAGGAACCUCAUAGUAGUCUCAUCACAUUUGCUCAGUGUCUUCAUCAUCCUGAGAAAGUAUAGUUUUAUUAUCUAUAACAUAAAUAGUAUUCAUAGAAUUGACAUGGGACAUGUGAAGAAAAAAUGUAUGUCCCUGAGAGUGAUCACAAAUGUAUUCUUUAUUGAUGUGUAAUAAUAAUUAAAUACUGUAAUUGUAAAGCAAAACCUAUAAACAUGCGCUGUUUUCAACUAAUCAAAGUGUAUAUCAUAUGCAUGUUAAAAGGAAUAUCUUUUCCACGGCAUUCAUUUGAAAAAAGUAUAUUUUACUUGGUUAUAAGCAACAACAAAAAAAGUAAUGGGGGUGGGGUUGGAUGUUCUAUAGCUUGAUGAUUGAGUAGCUGAUUAAAAAAAAAUGCAUUUCCUCUUUCUGUUUAAUUUUGUUAUUACCGUCUCAAUCAGGAAGUCUCUAGAGGAGUUGUGACGAGGUGUUCACACAGUCCCGUUCUGAACAGCACGUGUGAACGAAGUAAUGCUUUAAGUCUUUGUACAUU